CAAACAUCAAAAAGAACCCUAAAUUCAAAUUUUUCCCAAUUUCCAUUCCAGAGUUCUUCACACAGACAGUAGUCAAAUCAAAUGGCUUUGGCAAUCUCAAAUGUUUUGAAUUGCCCUAAGCCCCAAAUUGCGCUGCGGAAUUGCUAUCUCCAACGCUCGCUUACACUGUCCCCACCUCGCUUUGUCAGAUUUUCGAGGACAUGUCUGACGAAUAAGAGGCUGAUUUGUGCUGCCGCGUCUUCUGCGGCAGGAAGCUCUAGCCCGGACAGUGAUCUGAACCCGUAUGAGGUCCUUGGUGUGAGCCAGUUUGAGGGAUUUGAUGUUGUCAAGGCGAAAUAUGCCAAGAAGCGCAAGGAGGCUGAAAUGAUGGGCGAUGAUGCAACUGCUUCUCAGCUUGAGAAGGCAUAUGAUAAAUUGAUGAUGUCACAAUUAACAAGUCGGAAGAAGGGUAUGACACAUGGAACAUUUAAGGUCUCAAAGGACAUAAAAUAUGCUGAUAAGCAGCCAAUUGUACCAUGGGGGCCAAGGUUUGCCAAGUCCAGUGUCCAAGACAUGCGCAUCAACUUGGCAAUAUCUGCUGUAUUUGUAGCUUGGAUUCUUAUCAAAAGAAAUGCUGAUUACAAACCUUUGCAAUUUUUAUCAUUUGCUUUUGUAUAUCGAAUUUUUGAGAAGUUAAAAUCAUAUGAACCUUCUGUAUCCCCAACUAUUACGGAAGAUGGACAAGAUGAUGGGCGGACUUUACGUAUGGGAAAGCGUAUUCUUCGUUCUCUUGCACUAGUAUUUGGCAGUAUUGCUUUUGCCUCUCUGGCAUACACCGGAAUUUUGAAUGUGAUCGAGUUUUUUGGAAGUUAUAUUCCCGUUUUCCUAUUCAAUAAUCAGGAACUGAUAGUCACUACUUCCUCAACUGCCUUCCUCUACAUUUUGGCAACGUACUAUCGAUAAUGGAUUUGUGAAGAGGGUGAGAAGCAGUGCAGUGAUAUUUCUAUUAGAAGCCUUUUCACUUUAUGUUUAUUUACCAAAUUCAUGAAAAGAGGAAAUUUGUAAUACAUAUGUUAAGAAAAAUAAAUUAAUAGGAAAAUUUUGGUUAAAUUAUUGAUGAAUUCCACCAAUGCAUAGUGAAUUAAUUUUUCAGCCCCUUA